AUGGACACAACAAGAUGCAACAGAGUUUUUGCACCGUGUAACUGUGAAAUGGAAGAUGUGAGCCAAACAUCCACACUGGGGUUCUUGCAGUUGAAGUCAAGUCUACCAACGGAUCAUGCUGUUUACAGCCCUAGGGCCAGAUUAGAACAAUUCCUCUAUUCUCCUCGCCAAUGUGUUCCAAGCAGCCACAACCACUUCAGCAGCCAGCGCCAGCAGUGCCACCCUUGCCCAGCGUCCCUGCGCAACCAAUCGGCACCCACUCAGGCACAGCCGGCGACUGUCUGUUCCGAGUCGGUGAUGGCGAGUGCGGACGCCGCGGACGCCGGGGACGCCGUGCGGGGGGCGGAACUCUUCAAGGAGCACUGCUCUCACUGCCACACUGUGGAGCCGAAGGGCGCCCACAGAUUCGGGCCCAACCUUGGCGGCCUCUUUGGGCGACAGUGCGGCAGCGCGCCUGGUUACAAGUACUCAAAGGCGAACAAGGCCAAGAAGGUGACCUGGGGCGAAGAGACGCUGUUCGACUACUUGACUGACCCAAAGGCAUACAUUCCCGGGACGAAGAAGCCCGUCCCGGGAGUGCGGGAUCCCAAGGAUAGGGUGGACAUCGUCGCGUAUUUGAAGGUCGCGACGGAGUCCAAAUGA